CUGGUGACCUGGCAGAGAGGAAGGAUGUGUGCAGAGAAAAUAUUAAACUGUGCAACACACUUGAGUAUCAUGAACAUUAAACCCACACUUCGACGAGCGUUCUGUCCUCCUGGUUCAGCUGUUUGGGAUCUCGCCUCAUUACCGUCCUGGCGAUGGGAAAAAACCCGGCAAGUUGACUGACUCUAAGGGCGAAACUCCUCACUUGAAUUAUGACCACCCGAUGGCCUGGGGUGUCACGCAGCUGUUUGAGAAGAAUUCCGUUAUUAGUGGUGUUCAUUGGAUGACAAUGUUUAAGGGUGUUCCCCAUCCUGACGUGCUGGCAAGGCUAUCAAAGGACGCCCCUGCCCAUAAGGUGCUGCACCAAGCACUCGAGGAGGAGUAUCUCAAGCUCCAUGAUGGCAUGUCAUUGGAAGUCAAGAUCUGGGAUGGUCGCCUGGCUGCCACCGACCUGCGAGACGGACGCAACGAGAUUCAAAUCAGCACACUCGGUAACAAGGAGAAAUAUGUCAAGGUUCACCAGCAAGUACACCAAAGGAGCAUUGACGAAUUUGUACUCAAGAACAUGGAUCAGGCACAUAAGCGAAAUGGGCCCACUGGUGAGAGGUUCGAGAAGGAGAGGAUCCUUUUCGAACAGGCGGCCAACGAGGCUUUCUUCAAGGCCAUGGAUGAAGCAUUGGAGAAGGCUGGCCAGCAGCGUUUACCAUCAACAUAACUAGGCCUACUGUGCGGCAGAGCUCAACUGAACAAUCAAAACACUUAAAAUUAUACAUUUCUUUAAGUGAAGGAAAUCCACAGCAUUUAAGUUUAAUAUAUAUAAGACAUUACUCUUCACAAGUAUUGUAUGCAAAAUAUCACCUGUGUGCAGGAUACUAUACUAUUUUUCUAGAGAGGAUUGAUAUGAUACAAUUCAUUGCAUUCACA